UUAAUAUUUUACCUACUUCAUAUUCGUCUGUGUUCGGAUGUUUAGCAAGUACAAAAUCUCCUUCGGAAAACUUCAUUUUUCUACCUGUAAAUCAAUAGUGACCUUUGAAGAACCAUUAUAUAACAUAACAGGGAGAGAACUGGCUGCGACAGGUUUUCCCGUCAACUUGAAUACUGGUUUGGAUGCAUUUACAUGACACAGGAUCAACUUUUACUCAAGCUUACUAGCAAGAUUCGCCGUUACAGUGGAUCAUAGUUAACACGAUGUAGCAUGAAGUUCUAAAAUGACCAUCGACGCACCGAUGCUGUCAGUCCGACAACUGUUGAGAACAACUUAUUUACAGUGAUACAAAAUUCAAACGUGUAAACAUGGACACGGAUACGCUCCAAGAUCAAACGAAUUUAAAAGACGAGGAACAAUUUUUGAUUUCCGUGGAGAACACUUUGACUACCGUGGAGGACAGUAUUCAUAAUUUUAUAAAGGAUGUUCCACAAGCUCUCGCUGACUCUGGAUUAGAUUUUGAUUUGGAAAAACUAGUCAUAGACGAAGAUACAAACAUACAACGUAUUAUCAGUUCGUUCCCGAAGUCAUUUACCGACCAAGCGAAUAAGGAAGAGGAAAAGAAAAAAGUAUCUGCCCUGGAACAGGAAUGUGAACGAUUGUAUAUCCAAUUGCAACAACAAAUAGAGGAGAAAACAAAAGCACAAGAAGAAAUAGAGUAUCUAAGAGAUCAAAUUCUGAAUCAAAGCACUUACUGUACAAGUUUAGGGGCAGUAUUGGGUAAUUUAACUUGGCGUGCUUCCAGAUUUCCUGAAAUCGUUGAUGUAUGGCUCUCGGCGUUUCAGGAUAAGAUUAGCGAAUUUUUAUCGAUAACGGACGGAAGUUUCGUUGCGUUCAUAAAUACUUACCGGAAUGCUUUCCCCCCCACCAGUAAUGUCGAAUAUCAAUUUAUAAUUGGAUUAUUGGGCAUUGUGACAAACAUAUCCGCGAGUCCCGAGGGGCGUGAAUUUUUAAUUACCGAUUCGAACGGCAGAGAUUUUGUUCAGAAAAUGGUGGAGCUGAUGCCCACUCUGCCUCUUUCACAGGGUUCCCUUUCUUUAAAGAGAUUGAUGCUCAUGAUAUUGUAUAACGUCAGUAUGAAUAAAACCGGUUUGCAGCAUCUGUUCGAGUUACGAGUAGGAGACGUAUUGAGCUUUUAUCUGAAAAACAAUUCGCUACCAGACGAAAUACAGUUGCUCUGCUUGCGCGUUUUGCACUCGAUUACUUACGGUAUCACAAACCCGACAUAUAUUCACGAUUUGAUCACGACCCUACCGAUCGGUAAAAUAGAAGACGUCGCGACUUCGAAUAAAAACGAAAUGAGCAACUGCGCCAAACAGGUUGUAAAACAUUUAAGAGACGCGCAGAGGUUCUUAAACUCGAAUUAAAAUAAGUUUUCUCAAUCAGAACCGAGUGUUAAUUUUCACGCGGGGGAGAAUUGCCAAAAUCGUAUCACUUAAAUAUUUUAUCAUAUAUUUUUUGUUUGUACGCAAAUUAAUAUUGGAAAUUUUAUUUAAAUCGUUAAGACUCCUGUCGUUACGUGUCAAAUAUUUUACACGCGA